AUGUCGGAUCCCGAACGCCAGCAAGAUGGAUGCCUUGACGUCUCCCUGGACACAGGUGGAACAACACAUUCCACCAAUACAGAUCCACAUUGUGUGGGGAAUUGUCAACUUUGGUCAAUAGCUGCCGGAUUGAGGUCGACGGAUGUUACGAUGCACAAAAUAAACAGUCUCAUCUCUAGCUCAAUAGGUCAGGACGCCGCUCUCGGCUCCGUUGAAUAUCUAUCGCACGCCUUACAUUACUUUCUCCUUUCGAGAAUCUGGAGAAAAAUCAAGGCUCGCCUACAUGCUCUGCUGAGAGUGAUGCAGAGACAUAGAACUACUCCAUGCCACGGUCAAUCCACACAUACGCAAAUCAAGACGCCUGCAUGGUCACCGCUACUGUCACUUUCAUCUUUGAUGUUCGACACUCGUUGCACUCUACGUCUAUUGGGAUUGUUCUCGAUAUGGACCUGGGGCUCUGAAACCGCAAAGGCUCCACCGGCGGAUCGAAUUGUCCGAGAACUAACACGACUUCAGUUGGUGGCGACCACAGUGUACCAAUUUUUAGAGAAUGUCGCUUUUCUCAUGACAAAAAACGUUUUACCGGAGAAGCUAUGGAAGCGAUUCGAUAGUGAGAAGCUGUAUGCUUGGAGUCUUCUUUCCCUGUGUGUGCAUAUGAUGCUCCAGUUAGGUAAGCUUUGGCGGGAGAGUGUGCUUAGAAAGAGGGCCGACCAGAAGGCAGUGGCAUCCACCAAUGGUAAGAUAAAGAUGAUUGACAAGGAGGUGGAAAGUGCGAGUGAGGCCGACGACAAUGAUACGGAAACAUCCGCGCGGCGAGAGGAAGUCCAUGCCGCGAGGAAGAGCUUGGUGUCAAGCGUGACUUGGGGAGCAUUAUGUGCGCACUGGGGGAUGCCUGCUGGGAUUGGGAUUCCCGAACCCUUCAUAGGGGCGUUGAGCUUUGUUGCAGAUGCUUGGGAGCUCAGGGAUACAUGGAUUUCAAUUGAAGUUCCAUAA